AUGCCACCCCCAGAAGUUUCACCCAACAUAUGGAGAGAUUGUUGGGUAAUUCGUGCCCCUGGUUCUGAUGGUUGCUCUGGAAGGUUUGUAGUAGCUGCAUCGGCUGGUAAUACUAUGGAUUCAGGAUUUUGCUCGUGGGACUUUUACACCAAAGAAGUGCGAGCUUUGCAGGUUGAUGCUGGAACACCAUCCUCAAGAGUUGCACUUAGACCCUUGCCUAACAACGUUGUGCAAAGAAGAAAUUCUACCACUACCAUUGUGGCAGCAGAAGCUAAGCAGUCUUGGUACAGGUCCUGUGGACCUCUCAUCAUUUCUACUGCCAGCUCACAGAAAGCUGUGAAAGUUUUUGAUGUUCGAGAUGGUGAGCAAAUCAUGAAAUGGGAUGUUCAGAAGCCUGUUGUAGCCAUGGAUUAUUGCAGCCCUUUGCAGUGGAGGAACAGAGGGAAAGUAGUGGUAGCUGAAGCUGAAUCCAUUUCUUUGUGGGAUGUUAACUCACUUACACCUCAAGCUCUGCUCUCUGUUCCUUUGGGUGGUCGAACAGUUUCUGCUCUCCAUGUGACCAACACUGAUGCAGAAUUGGGUGGAGGGGUUCGCAAAAGGGUAAGUUCAUCAGAUGCUGAAGGAAACGAUGGUGUGUUCUGCACCUCAGAUUCUAUCAAUGUCAUGGACUUUCGCCAGCCAUCCGGUGUGGGCCUAAGGAUAUCAAAACUUGGUGUGAAUGUGCAAUCAGUUUUCUCUCGUGGAGAUUCUGUGUUCCUUGGUUGCUGCAGCACUAGUUCAAUGGGCAAGAAGCAGUCCUCAAUGCUGCAACAAUUUUCACUGCGCAAACAAGGCCUGUUCACCACCUAUGCUCUUCCAGAAUCCAAUGCACACUCACACCAUGCAGCAAUCUCCCAAGUUUGGGGUAAUUCUGACUUUGCCAUGGGUGUGAGUGGGCAAGGGCUUUUUGUGUUCGAUGCAGUGAAAGAUGAUGCACUAAGGGUUCUCAACAUGGAUUACUCCAAUGCUCAAAGUUUUAGAGAAGUUAUUGGCCCUGAUGACAUGUAUUGUCCUUCAUUCGAUUAUCUUGGCUCUCGCGCACUUCUCAUAUCAAGAGAUCGACCUGCUAUGUGGAGGUAUCUCAUAGUUUGA